AUGGGAAUAGGGCCGAGCAGCCUCGGGGAUGCCAUCCUCUUCCCCGCGCCAGCUUCCUCGUACGACGGCGAUCUGCCUGGGCUGCUGUGGAUCGAGGAGGACUUCUCGCCCCUACCGCCAGUCGGGCAGCUCUCGGCUGUGCAGGCAGCGGAGCAAGAAAAGGCGCAUCGCAUCUCUCGCGGCAAGCAGAGGCUCUUCCCUGCGUUCUUCAUCGAAGCGCCCGGCGGGGAGAGCAACAGCGUCAUUCUCUACUGGCAUGGCAACUCGUGCGAUCUGGGGCAGAUCUAUGAAGAGCUUGACGUUCUUUCCAAGUUCCUCAACGCCCACGUCCUGGCGAUUGAGUUUCCAGGCUACGGCUUGGCGCCCCCGCUGAACGGGUCGACGCCUGAAGAUCUGGCCGCGGCGGCGAGCGCGGCGGCUCUGAGUGGAGGGACGCCCGACGAGGCGUCGCUCGCGGCGCUGAAGCGCACGGCGUCUGCGCCCCGAUCGGAGAAAAACAAAAUGGGCGAACUGAUCAACAAAUGGAGCAGGUCAGCCUUCAACUUUCUUCUCUGGAUCGGCUUCAAGCCCGCCAACGUCAUCUGCUUUGGAAGAAGCAUCGGAACAGGUCCGGCGAGCUACUUGGCCGCGGCCCUGGCGGAAGAAAAUAUUCACGUCGGAGGCGUGGUGCUGCAUGCGCCGUACAUCACCGUUCACAAAAUCGUUCAAGAGUACGCGUCCCUCGGGACGUGGCUGAUUACGAAUCACUGGAGCAACGCGUCGAAUCUCGAAAAAAUGGGUGCCUCUUCGUGUCCGCUGCUCAUCAUUCACGGCGUAGACGACGAGGUCAUCCCCACAGACCACGGCCGCCAGCUCUUCGAAACUUACAAGGGCGAGAAAAAGGACGGCUUCUUCCCGACCGACUCGUCACACAACUCCUACUACAUCAUCGACGACCUGGGCAAGCCCAUGGAGGUGUUUCUGAAGGAGAAGAGUUUGGCGUUGGCGGCGCCGUCUGUGCGCGCGACGAUUCCAGCGUACAUGAGGCUUCCGCCGGUCUGGCAGUUUCAGCCUGAGCAGUUUGCGGCCGCAGGGGCUGCGGCGCCUUCGCAGGCGUCGACUGCAGCCUCUGCGACAGCCGCGGCGCGCGCGGGCGUCUCGGAGACGGCCUUGGACGCGCAGAGCGCGGCGAUGGUGCAGGCGAGUUUGGGCACGGGCGUCUGCGGGAAGGCGCCGGAGGCAGCCACGCGGACUGCGCAGGGCGCGCCGGGGAGCGUGGCGGCGGCGGCGGUGCAUGCGGUGGAGCGCAGCAACUCGGUGCUGGGGAACCUGAUCGCGGGCGCGACGGGAUCCAAGGGCGGACAGUGGGACGUGGGACUGUCGCAUGCGCCGAAGGAGCUCGAAAAAGCCGAGGCGGGCGGGCUGUGCGCCGGCUCCACGCGAACCUCACACUUCUCUCGCAUGAUUGAGAGCGGCAUCUUCUCCAGGGGCUCGCUCGAAGAAAUCAUGGGCGAGGCCCUCAGGGAAGUCAACAGGGAGGAGCCCGCCGAGACGAAGAAGGCCUAG